GAUGUCGAGCACGUGGCCCCCAGAGUCAUUGGGAAAGGACAGCGGCACUGAAGGUUUGAUCAUUCAGUGGGCAACAGGGUAAGCAGCUCCCAGCAGCAGCCUGCUCCUCAGGCUCUUGUCCAGAGCUUCCCAGUUCCUUUUUCCCUGCACAGGGUUUUCAGUUUCUCAGGGGGUACAACACAUGCACAGCAAUUCCUGAUCGGUAGCAUACUCCAGGCUGCAGAGAGUCCUGCAGAGCCAGCCCCUUCCCAACAGCCCAGAAAUACACCCAGCCCCAGGUCUGAGCCUUGCUUACACCUCCUCCAGCAAGAGGUCAUGGCUCUGCCAACCACAGCCACGGCUCCCUAUGCUCCAGGCAGGCUGGCUUUCCUCCCCUGGCACCACUGGUAGCCUGUUUUUCACAGAGGGCUGCUGGUCCUUGGCAGGAGGGGACCACAAGGAGCCUCUGUAAUGAGCUGGGGCCGAGAUUGAGCCAGAAAAUCAUAGAAUGCAUUUCAGCAGGUACCACAGCCAGGCAGGGAGUGAGGGCUCUAGACUGAGCUCAGAUAAUCAGCUUCAACAGUGCUCCUGGCAUGUGGGUAAAGGGAUUGGGCCCAGGUGAGGCUCUUUGUGGUCAUUGAAGUCUGUUAGUGCACUCAGGCCCUGGCAAGCACCAAUUAAGUCAUAUUAAGGCCAGGCAGUGUUUAUGUGUGGUGUUUUCCUGGGUGGAGUGUGCAGGAGCAGCCUAAUGGCUGCUGGUACGAGCACCCUGUCACUGUCACUUGUACAGGGGCUGAAAUGGAAGUGCUUGACAUGACAAGGUUCCCCUGGAGCUGAGCCCUGACCCACUGACAGGGUGAGCCAGUGAAGCUUCCAGGUCUGGGUUGGUGCUGCAGUGACCAAAAAAUAAUCCCCUGGGUUGCACUGCAUGCCUGGCAGCCAGCUGGGCCAGUCUGGCAAUUGCACAGCAGCACCAGGACACUCCAGCCAGCCCUCCUGCCCCAAGGCAGAGGACCAGCCCUGUGGUGGCUGUGGGAGCACAGGCAGGUGGCACACUGGGUGGGCAGGGCUUGUUGUGCAUCUGUGGCUGCCACACACGUGUGUGCCAAAAAGUUGCUCUUGGCUCACUUGCAUGACACUCCAUGAGAUCCUGGUAGCACUCACCAUCACCACUGCACAGCCCUGCUGGGUCACAGGCUGCCUGGCCACCCUCUCAGCUCUUCUUUGUUUUUCUGCAGCUCCUCCAGAGAGACCUUUGCUCUCCUGUGCUUGUCACCUCCAAGCAUGGGUGCAGCCCACCGAUAGGACAGAGGAGCUUUCUGCUCCACUUGUCCCACAGUAUUUCUGCCCACUGUGGAAGCCCAGAGCAGGCACUGUACAGCAGGCACUGCUGCACACAAUCUACAUCCUGGGUGCUUGCCAGGUAUGGGGGAACUGUGAAUUUCCACAGACAUCAACCAACCUGAACCAAAAUGUCGUGGCAUGCCCCUGCUGCAAAGUUUGCCUGUACUGAGUCCAGGUAGAGGGGGGUAAAGUCCAAGGCUGUGCAGCCUCCUGCAGGGAGAAGGGCAAAUUCAGAGGCAACUUGCACAGAGGUUUCAUAGCAACAGCAGAGCGGUGGAGAGCUCUGCCUGUACCUGUUGCCCUUGGGUUGCAAGAGCCAGAAGCCAGCUGACAGUAGAGCAGGAAGAGUAGCACUUCCAGUGUUGCCAGCUCUCCAUUCCUGUGCUGAUCCCUUGCUUGGCUAGGCCCGCUGUCCGACCCUGUCCCCAGGCAGAGUGCCGGUGGUGGAGCGCAGCAUGGCAAAGAAGGUGGCCAUCAUCGGCGGGGGCAGCAGCGGGCUGUGCGCCAUCAAAGCCUGCCUCCAGGAGGGGCUGCAGCCCGUCUGCUUCGAGAGGACCGGCGACAUCGGAGGACUCUGGAGGUUUGAGGAGCACCCCGAGGACGGCCGUGCCAGCAUCUACCGCUCCGUCAUCAUCAACACCUCCAAGGAGAUGAUGUGCUUCAGCGACUUCCCCAUCCCUGAAGACUUCCCCAACUACAUGCACAACUCCAAGAUCAUGGAGUACUUCCGCAUGUACGCCCAGCACUUCGACCUGCUCCGCCACAUCCGCUUCAGGACCAGCGUGUGCCGCGUGUCCAAGCGCCCCGACUUCGCCAGCAGCGGGCAGUGGGAGGUGGUGACGGAGAGCGAGGGGAAGCAGGAGGCGGCCGUCUUCGACGCCGUGCUGGUGUGCAGUGGGCACCACACCAACGCUCAUCUCCCACUCAGCUCCUUCCCAGGAAUUGAGAAGUUCAAGGGCCGCUACCUCCACAGCCGAGACUACAAGGAUGCUCAGGCUUUCACAGACAAAAGGGUUGUUGUCAUCGGGAUUGGGAAUUCGGGGUCAGACCUGGCUGUGGAGAUCAGCCAAACAGCCCAGCAGGUCUUCCUCAGCACUCGCCGGGGUGCGUGGAUCUUCAACCGCGUUGGAGAUCGAGGCUACCCCAUUGACACCAUCUUAACCACCCGCCUGAAGACAUUCCUGCAGGGGCUGUUCAGCCCAUCCGUGGCAUGUGACUACAUGGAGAAGAAGCUGAAUGCCAGGUUUGAUCACUCACGUUACGGCCUGAAGCCGAAGCACAGGGUCUUUCACCAGCACCCCACUGUCAACGACGACCUGCCCAACCGCAUCAUUUCGGGCAGGGUGCGGGUGAAGCCGAACAUCCAGGAGUUCACAGAGACAUCUGCCAUCUUUGAGGAUGGCACCAGGGAAGAUGUCGAUGCCGUAGUUUUUGCCACAGGAUACAGCUUCUCCUUCCCGUUCCUCGAGGGCUGCGUGAAGGUGGUGGAGAACCAGAUUCCCCUCUACAAAUUCAUGUUCCCCCCUGACCUGGAGAAGCCGACGCUGGCUUUCAUUGGCCUCAUCCAGCCCCUAGGAGCCAUCAUGCCCAUCUCAGAGCUCCAGAGUCGCUGGGCCACCCGUGUCUUCAAAGGGCUGAACGAGCUGCCCCUGCAGCACAACAUGGAGGCUGACAUUGAGCAGAAGAAAGAAGCGAUGGCGAAGCGGUACGUGAAGAGCCAACGGCACACCAUCCAGGUGGAUUACAUCCCUUACAUGGAUGAGCUCGCCUGCCAGCUGGGGGUCAAGCCCAACCUGCUCUCCCUGUUCCUCACAGACCCCAAGUUGGCCAUGGAGGUGGCCUUCGGUCCCUGCACACCGUACCAGUACCGGCUGCGGGGCCCGGGUGCGUGGGCGGGUGCCAGGGAGGCCAUCCUCAGCCAGCAGCAGCGCAUCCUCAAGCCCCUGCAGACACGACACGUGGAAGAGAGCACCUCAGCCCCUGCCAUGCCCCUCAUCUUCAAGCUGAUUGGGGCCAUGGCCAUCCUGGCAGCUGUUUUUGCUUACUUGUAGGUGCCCUGCAAGCUCAAGAAGGGAGGCUUUUGUCUUGGGGUGACUCCCUAAACCAGGACAGCAUUGCAAUGUGCUGCAGAACUGGCUGGCCACCCCUGCCCCUUUGCAGCCUCUGGUGGCAGAAAACCUUGCUCCUGCCUGGCAUGGCCCAGCUGUGACCACACCAGGAACUAGGGAUGCACAGAACCUCCCCAGCUGCCAAAAUAAUGCUUGGGCUCUUGCUCCUCACCUCCCCUUGGGGAAUGCUGUCAUGGACAAGGGAGGAAAUCUGCUCACUGCAGGCUAAAUUCCAGUCCCUCUCAGCCAGCGCUCCAGGCUUUUCUGUCCCCUGUAACCCAGCCGUGCCAAUUUUGCCACACGCGCACCAGAGCUAAGCAGCAAAGGCACAGUACACUUUCCAAGUGGAUAACUGCAAUAAACAGCCAAGUGUCUCUCCUGUUAUUGACACCA